CUCGAGCGAGUUAUAACUUUUGUCAAUACAUGUUGUUCCGCCACUCAACAAACAUUCUUUAAUACUUUUGUUCCCGGUCCACCCCCUUCUCUGUCCCACGGAGGGAAAACAGAAGGGAGGGAGAAGCAGAACAGAAGGGAAGGAGAGAGAGGGAGAGGGAUAGAGGAAGAGGGAAAGAAAGUGUUUGAGUGCGUCUGUGUUCAGUCCAACUUGUGAAAAGUUGCAAUCGUUUGUCUCCGUUUCCAAAUUCUUCCAGUUGAGGAGAGCCGCGCGGGGGAACGUCCGUGCUGGAGAUAGCCGACUAAAAAAUGGGACGACUGUGGCUCGCGCUGCUCACUUCGUUGCUAUGGCAAUGCUGCCAGGCUCAGCAAAGAGGCCUCUUCCCGGCGGUGCUGAACCUGGCCACCAUGGCCGACAUCCACGCCAACGCCACCUGCGGCUCCCGGGGGCCAGAGAUGUUCUGCAAGCUGGUGGAGCACGUCCCGGGACAGCCGGCCAGGAACCGGCCGCAAUGCCGCGUCUGCAACCAGAAGAGCAUCAAACCCUUAGAACAACACCCAAUAGAAUAUGCCAUUGAUGGGACCAAUCGUUGGUGGCAAAGCCCCUCCAUCAAGAACGGCAUGGAGUACCACCAUGUGACCGUCACCCUGGACCUGAAGCAGGUGUUCCAGAUUGCCUAUGUGAUUAUUAAGGCAGCCAACUCACCCCGUCCAGGUAACUGGGUCUUGGAGCGCUCGCUGGAUGGCGUGACCUAUGACCCGUGGCAGUACUACGCCAUCACGGACACCGAGUGCCUGACGCGCUUCAACCUCAACCCGCGCACCGGACCCCCGUACUACACCAGGGACGACGAGGUCAUCUGCACCUCCUUCUACUCCAAGAUCCAGCCGCUGGAGAACGGAGAGGUAGCCUCGAAGGUUUCAUGUCCUGGGUAUCAACUCCUCUGCUCGUCCCCAGAUCCACACCUCCUGAUCAACGGGCGGCCCAGCGCCGAGGACCCCUCCCCCACCCUGCUGAACUUCAUCGCCCGCUUCAUCAGACUGGUGUUCCAGCGGAUCAGAACGCUCAACGCUGACCUCAUGACCCUGGCGCUCAAAGACCCCAGAGAUGUGGACCCCAUCGUGACGAGACGGUACUACUAUUUCCAUUAAGGACAUCUCUGUAGGGGCAUGUGUAUCUGCUAUGGCCAUGCAAAGGCCUGCCCGCUCAAUGAAGGAACAAAGAAAUUCAGCUGCGAGUGUGAACACAAUACCUGUGGCGAGAGCUGUGAUCGCUGUUGCCCCGGUUACCAACAACAACCCUGGAUGGCUGGGACCUUCCUCACCCGCCAUGUCUGUGAGAAGUGCAACUGCCACGGCCAGGCCGACGACUGCUACUUCAACCAGACGGUGGCCGACCUGACGCUCAGCCUGGACGCCACGGGCCAGCGCAGAGGGGGGGGAGUCUGCGUCGGCUGCCGCCACAACACCGCGGGCGUCAACUGUGAGAACUGCAGCGCCGGGUACUACGGCCACAAGGGGUGUCCAUGUGUUCUGCCGGUGCAGGUGAGCCCUGAGGACCCGGAGCCCUGCCGCCCCUGCCUCUGUCACCCUGACGGGUCCACCAGCCAAUCAUGUGUCUCCGACGAUAGCCAGGCCACACCCACUAUGCCAGCAGGGUCGUGCCCGUGUAAGGAGGGUUUCGAAGGUCUACAAUGUGACAGGUGUGCCUAUGGCUAAGGGCUUCCAUCCUGUGAGCGUUGUGCCUGCAGUAUUGAGGGAAGCACCAACAAUGACCCGUGUAGAACUCCCUGUUACUGCAAGGAGAAUGUGGAAGGGGAGAACUGUGACCGCUGUAAACUGGGGUUUUACAACCUGCGCCGCGACAAUCGCCGGGGAUGUGAAAAGUGUUCCUGCAUGGGCGUGGCCAGCCAAUGCUCCGCCUCUCCCUUGGCCUAUCAGAAUGUAAGAUCCCACGUACAUCAACCAACUCAGUGCCAUCGUUAUCGUAGCUUAAGAGGGCUGCAUAUCCUUCAUGUCCACUGCCACCAGGUGACGGGACAGUGUCUGGACUGUUCCCACCGCACCGCCGGGCCCGACUGCGGCGCCUGUCUACCUGGUUACUACGGCAACGCCACCCACGGCUCAGCCGACGACUGUCAACCCUGCGCCUGCCCGCUCAGCCUGCCCAGCAACAACUUCAGUCCUACCUGUCACCUGAGCAAUGCGGGAGAAUUGCUGUGCGAUCGUUGUCAGACCGGAUACACAGGGCCUCGAUGUGGCAGGUGUGCCAACGGCUACUUUGGCCACCCCAGCAGGCCAGGGGGUUCCUGCCAGCCUUGCCAAUGUCACGAUAACCUGGACCUCGCUCUGCCCAGAAGCUGCGAUCCAAUCACAGGCCAGUGUCUUCGCUGUCGUCAGGGUUACGGGGGCGAGACUUGUGAGAGCUGUUCCGACGGCUACUACGGUGAUGCGGUCAAUGCAAAGAACUGCCAACCCUGCCAGUGUCAUACCAACGGCUCUCUCUCGGAGGCGUGCCAUCAGGAGACGGGCCAGUGCCAGUGCAGGGAGCACGUGCUGGGGAGGCAGUGUGAUGAGUGCAUGCCUAACUGCUGGUGGGACGCAGAGCGCCAGGAGUGCCUGCCGUGCCAGUGCAGCCCACCGGGGGCGCUGGCUCAGCGCUGCGACGUGGAGGGCCGCUGCAUCUGCCGCCCCGGCUACUCGGGCCGGCGCUGCGACCUGCGGCGGCAGGGCUACGAGCGGCGGGAGACGCGGCGGCCCGUGGAGCGCGUCCCCGUCGAGGUGGCCCAGCGGAGAUGGGACACGCCGCCUCGCACCGGCGGGGCGUCCCGUACGGGGGGCUGUCCCCGAGGGGCGUACAGGCCCAGGAUAGCGCCCCAGACGCACGGCCUCGCCAGCGGCGGAUCGUGCGUUCCGUGCCACUGCAACUCGUUUGGCUCCAAGUCGUUUGACUGCGACGAGGCGGGCCAGUGCCGCUGCCAGCCGGGCGUGGCGGGGCCCAAGUGUGACCGCUGCUCCCGGGGCUUUUUCCUCUUCCAGGAGGGAGGCUGCACACCCUGUGACUGCAGCCAUGUGGGGAACAACUGUGACACCAACACAGGCCAGUGCAUCUGCCCGCCUCACACCAUCGGAGAGAGGUGCGACCGCUGCGCCCCUAACCACUGGGGCCACGACAUCAUGGAAGGAUGCAAGGAGUGUGGUUGCAGUGUGGUGGGCUCGGUCGCCCAGCAGUGUAACAUGAACACGGGCUGCUGCCUCUGCCGAGACGCCUACAGAGGGGAGAAGUGCAACGAGUGCCAGCUGGGCUACAGAGACUUUCCUCAGUGCACGCGUUGUGAGUGCAGCGCGGCGGGGUCAGAGAGCGAGACGUGUGACCAGGAGCGAGGUGUGUGCGCCUGCGCCGACCGCACCGGGAAAUGCAGCUGCAAGGCUAACGUUGAGGGGCACGGCUGUGAGGAUUGCAAGCCCGGCACUUUUGGGCUGUCGGUACGAAACCCGCUGGGCUGCAGCAGCUGUUACUGCUACGGCCUGUCCCAAACCUGCUCCGAGAAGCAAGGGCUCAUCAGAAUGUCGCUCAUGUUGAAACCGGAGCAGACGGUGCUCCCCCUGGUGGACAAGUCCAACAGUGCGGAGACGCGCACCGGAGUGAGCUUCCAGCACCCUGAGAUCCUGGUCCACGCGGACCUGGUGAGCUCGGCCCUUAGCGAGCCCUACUACUGGAGGCUGCCGGAGCAGUUCAAGGGCUCCAUGAUCACAGCGUAUGGCGGACAGCUCAAGUACGCCGUCUACUACGAGGCCAGGGAGGAAACAGGCUCCUCCUCCUACGAGCCCCAGGUCAUCAUCAGGGGCGGGCCCAACAAGGACCUGCUGAUGAUGCGUCACACAGCGGGGCUGCAGAUUGGACAGCUCACCCGCCACGAAAUAGAAAUGACGGAGGCUGAAUGGAAGCAUGCUGAUGGGCGCUCGAUGACCAGGGAAGAUUUCAUGGACGUUCUGUUCUAUGUGGAUUACAUACUGAUCAAGGCCUCCCAGGGAAACCAAAUGAGACAUAGCCGUAUAUCAGAGAUCAGUCUGACCGUAGCAGAGGGGGGCCGUCCCAACACAGAGAGUGAGAGAGCCCACCAAAUUGAGAGUUGCGAAUGUCCUGCUGGCUACUCUGGGCUGUCCUGCGAGGAGUGUGCGGCGGGGUUCUACCGCCUGCGGGGAGCGGCUGUGGGUCCAGCGUCUGGCCCGGCGUCCCAGGAGCCCGGAGUGGCCGGUAUGGGCAGGUGUGUGCGCUGCCAGUGUAGCGGCCACUCCGCCACCUGUGACCCCGAGACCUCCAUAUGCCAGAACUGUCAAGACAACACGGAAGGCGCCAGGUGCGAGAGCUGUGCACCUGGAUACUAUGGCGUGGUUCGUGGUUUCCAUGACGACUGCAAGCCCUGUGCCUGCCCCCUAACCAACCCAGAAAACAACUUCAGCCCCAGCUGCGUGUCGGAGAGCUUCGAUGACUACCGCUGUACCGACUGUCCUGAAGGAUACGAGGGGAAGUACUGUGAGAGGUGUGCUACUGGUUACCACGGUAACCCCCGGAUGCCCGGCGGUCGGUGCGAGGAGUGUAAGUGUUCCGCAUGGGGGGCACUCCCCGGGCCGUGUGACCCGAGACCGGCCAAUGCCGUUGCAGGGGCGGGGGCGACUGGACUGUCGUGUGACCAGUGCAUGGAGAGGCAUGUGUGUGGACCCGCUGGGAUUACCUGUAAGACACUAAGCCCCUCUUUAUGUCUGUCUGUCUGUCUGUCUGUCUGUCUGUCUGUCUGUCUGUCUGUCUGUCUGUCUGUCUGUCUGUCUGUCUGUCUGUCUGUCUGUCUGUCUGUAAGUCUGUCUUAUUCCUGUGCCUCAGUGAAGACACAACACAGUGUUCACACGUUGAAUAACGUACCUCCCUCCUCCCAGCACAUGCUGUCCCCACAGAGGGCCCCAGAGAGGCUGCUCCAGCUGGCCGACUCCAACCUGGGCUCCGUGGUCACUGAGAUGGACCAGCUCCACAACAGGGCCACCAAGGUCUCUGCGGACGGGGAGCAGGUGGAGGACGACGCCGGCCGGAUCCAUAAAGGAGCCGAGGACCUGUUGAGGUUCAUCCAGGACACGCUAAUGGGGGCCACAGAGCUCCAGGCCAAGGCGGCGGAGCUGAACGCCACCUUAUCGCGGCGCGCCGGGUCACCGGAGAAGAGCCUGAAGGAGAUGAAGGCGGAGAUCCAGGCCAUGCUAGCCGAGCUCCGAGCCAGACAGCUGGCUGGGAAGAAGGGCAUGGCAGCGGAAGAGCUGGGUUUGGCCGAAGAGCUGUACCAGAAAGUCAAGAGGCUGUUUGGAGACCCCCACCAGGCCACCGAGGACCUCAAAGCAGAGGUGACAGGGAAGCUGUCGGACCACGGGGGGAAACUGGAGGAGGCCCAGGAGCUGUUGGACGCUGCCCAGAGCAAGAGCAGGGAGGCCGGGGUGCUGGCUGCUCAGAACCAGGCCAACCUCACAGCCCUGGAGAGGAAGCGGGCGGCGGUGAGCGGCGUCAGGCAGGAGGCGGAGGGGCUGCUGGGGGACGGCGAGCGGCUGCUGGGCGAGGCCAACCAGCUCUCGGACCGCAUCAACGGGGAGAUCGAGGAUCUAGAGGAGAUGGAGCGAGAGCUGGGCCCUCUCCAUGACCGCCUGGAGACCAAAGUGGCUCACCUGACGGACGGCCUGAGUGACGGAGACCUGGCCGACCACGUGGGCCUGGCCGAGGGACACGCCCAGCAGCUCAACGAAUCAGCGGCCAUCCUCGACGGUAUUCUGGCGGAGGCUAAGAACCUCUCCUUCAACGCCACGGCUGCGUUCAAGGCCUACAGCAACAUAAAGAACAGCGUGGACGAGGCCGAGAGAGAGGCCAAGGCGGCGAAACAGAGCGCCGCUGAGGCCCUGAUGCUGGCCUCUGGUCCUGACAUCCCAAUAAAGGAUGAAGCCAAAGACUCACUGCAGAAGAGCUACAGACUGUUGAAUCAAGCCAAGCAACUAGAGGACAACGUCAAAGAUAAUGCAGCAAGUGUGGCCAAUCUGAAGGGCAGGGUGAAAGCUGCCAGAGACAAAAACAAAGACCUGCUGAAGGCUGUCAACGAAACCAUGGCAACCCUUAACGCCAUACCCAGCGACACAGCAGCUAAGCUAGCAGCCUCCAAGGUUGUGGCAGCGGGCGCAAACGCCACUGCCAUCGAUGUUCUGGAGCGCCUUGGGGAUUUGAACCUGCGACUCCGUGGCCUCCAGAAGAACUACAGCGAACUGGAGGACACCGUCAGAGCAGCAAAUCACAUGAUCCAGGACCCGGAGAAGAACAUCCAUGCUGCCGGGGCCAAAGUCAAGGAUCUGGAGGACGAGGCGGACAGGCUGUUGGAGAAGCUGCAGCCAAUCAAGAGGCUGCAAGACAAUCUCAGGCGCAACAUCUCUCAAAUAAAGGAGCUGAUCAACCAGGCCAGGAAGCAGGCCAACUCGAUCAAGGUGUCUGUGUCGUCGGGCGGUGACUGUCUCCGUAGUUACCGGCCCGACAUUCGGAAGGGGAGGUACAACACCAUCGUCCUCCACGUCAAGACCACCACGCCAGACAACCUCCUGUUCUACCUGGGCUCCGCCAAAUACGUGGAUUUCCUGGCCCUGGAGAUGCGCAAGGGCAAGGUGAGCUUCCUGUGGGACGUGGGCUCGGGCGUGGGGAGGGUGGAGUACCCCCACCUCUCCAUCAGCGACGGCAAAUGGCACCGGAUCGAGGCCUCUCGUAACGGUCUGAACGGCACCAUCUCGGUGUAUCCUCUGGAGGGCGCCCUGGCUGGCCUGCUGCCGAUGCCCGCCAGCGCCAACUCUCCCACGGCCUUCACCAUCCUGGACGUGGACCACAACGCCUACCUGUUCGUCGGGGGCAUCCUGGGAACCGUCAAGAAAGCGGAUGCGGUGAGGACCACCACGUUUACCGGCUGCAUGGGCGAGACGUUCCUGGACAGCAAGCCCAUCGGCCUGUGGAACUACAGGGACCGCCAGGGAGACUGCAAGGGCUGCACUGUCAGCCCCCAGGCAUCGGAGGGUGAGGGCACGGUGCAGCUGGACGGGGAGGGCUAUUCCGGGGUGGGGCGGCCCGUCAGGUGGAACCCCAACGUCUCCACGGUGACCUUCAAGUUCCGCACCUUCUCUUCAGAUGCCUUGCUCAUGUACCUGGCCACCGACGACAUGAAGGACUUCAUGACCCUGGAGUUGUCAGAGGGCAAGAUAAAGGUGACCUUUGACCUGGGCUCUGGGAUGGCCACUGCUACGUCCGCCAGUCGCCAUAACGACGGCCGCUGGAAGUCCCUCACCAUGACUCGCAACAAGAAGAAAGCCACGGUCUCCAUAGUGGACAUCGACAGCAGCAAAGAGGAGGAGAUGGCUGCUACAUCACCGGGCGCCGCAACCGGCCUCAACCUGAAAGAGAAACAGAAGAUCUACUUUGGAGGACUGCCCACUCAGGGAAACUACAGGUCCGAGGUGACGACACACCGCUACGCCGGGUGCCUGCGGGACAUUGAGAUCUCCAGGACGCCGUAUAAUCUGCUGGGCAGCCUGGAUUACACGGGAGUCACCAAGGGCUGCAGUGUUGAGAACAUCUACACGGUCAGUUUCUCUAAGCCCGGCUACAUGGAGCUGUCGGGACUCUCAUUGGCUGUGGCCACGGAGAUCAGCCUGUCGUUCAGCACUCAGACGGACACUGGGACCAUCUUCUUGGCAGUCAGUGGCGCCGAUCAGAUUGAUCAGAAGAGUGCAGGCCUGUUCAGUCCAAAGAGGAAGCGCAGGCAGUCGGGAGAGCCCUACCUGUCCGUCAUGCUGAACAAGGGCUCCCUGGAGGUGCUGGUGUUCACCGGGAGCCACAACACGCGGCGGGUGGUGCGCCGCGCCGACCAGGGUGUCCUGCACGACGGCCGGGAGCACGCCCUCCGCAUAGAGAGGCUGGCCGGCCGAUCCUUCGCUGUGCAGGUGGACGAGGAGCCCAAGAGGGAGGCGGCUCUUCCCAACGACCAGCCAAUCAGCUUGCGGCGCGUGUUCCUGGGCGGCAUUCCCGCCGCCGUGGAGCUGAGCUCCAACCGGGCCAAUGUUCCCUUCCAGGGCUGCAUCUGGAACCUCAUGGUCAACAAUGUGCUGUCCGACUUCUCCCAGCCCGCGUCCUUCGAGAACGCCCACAUCGGCCGCUGCCCCAGGCUGGCCCCGGCCCCGCCCCAGACGCCCCUCCCGCCCCUGACGCCCCUCCCGCCCCCAGAGGUGGAGGGGACCCCGGGGCCCCGGGCGGCCCCCGCCGCCCCGUCUCCGGGCCCCCCCGUUGUCGAGGCCCCACCCCCGGACACUGAACUUGCAGUCCCUCCCACCACCACCCCGGAGCCUGACACGGACUCGUGUGGGCCGGGCGCCGCCCCAGCCGCCCUGGAGAAGGCGUACCAGUUCGGACUCACCAAGAACAGCCACAUGACGUUCGCCUUCGAUGACACCAAAGUCCGAGAGAGGCUGAUCAUGGAGUUUGAGCUGAGGACCACAGAGGACUCUGGGCUGGUUCUGUACAUGGCCAGGAUCAACCACGCAGACUUUGUCACCAUACAGAUCAAGGAGGGCCAGGUGUGUCUGGGCUACGACCUGGGCCACGGCAACACCUCCGGGUGCAUCCCCUUCUCCGUCAACGACGGCAACUGGCACAAGAUCCGUCUGAACCGGAACAAGCAGAGAGCCGUCCUGAUGGUGGACGGACGCUACAGCAAACAGAUGAUCAGCCCCAAGAAGGCUGACCUCCUGGAUGUGGUGGGACUCCUGUAUGUGGGCGGGCUGCCGCAGAACUACACCAGCAAGAGGAUAGGACCGAUUCUCUACAGUAUCAACGGCUGUAUCCGGAACUUCAAAAUGGUGGGAGGACCCAUCAGUAGUGCUGCAGGUCGUCUUGGAGACUUCAACCUUGACAUGGCGUCGCCCAACUCCACACACAUGGUGGGAAGAUGCUUCGUAGCCACGGAGACGGGCACCUACUUUGACGGCACGGGCUACCUUAAAGCGGUGUCUACCUACCGGGUGGGACUGGACGUGUCCGUGGCGCUGGAGUUCAGGACCAGCCGGACCAACGGGGUCCUUCUGGCCAUCAGUAACCAGGGCAACGACGGGCUGGGCCUGGAGAUCAGCCAGGGCAAGGUCCUGUUCCACGUGGACAACGGCGCCGGGCGCAUCACGGCCGAGCACGCCCCCGGGGGGGCGGGGCUCUGUGACGGCCAGUGGCACGCGGUGGUGGCCCACAAGCUGCGGCACCGGCUGGAGCUGGAGGUGGACGGCUGGAAGAGCCAGGCCGAGAGCCCCCACACACGCUCCAACACCUGCGACACCAACGACCCCGUCUACGUGGGGGGGUACCCCAGCGGUGUGCGGCAGGCCGCUCUCUCCACCUCCACCUCCUUCCGGGGCUGCAUGCGCAACCUCAGGAUCACCAAGGCGUCCCGGACCAUGGAGGUGCACUUCAACAAGGCGCUGGAGAUCAGGGGCGUCCAGCCGCUGUCCUGCCCCGCCGUGGCGGCCUGAGCUCCCCCCCACCCCCCCCUCUCUACCCCCACCUCCCUCAAACUACCCCCCACCCCCCCUCUCUACCCCCACCUCCCUCAAUCUACCCCCCACCUCCCUCAAUCUACCCCCCACCAACCCUCUCUACCCCCCACCCCCCCUCCUCCCCACGCUUUACCCUCCCCUCCUACUCCCUGCAGGCUCCUGCUCCUCCUCUCUGGAAGACGCUCUUGUAUUUCGGUCGCACAGCGUGUUUCAAUGGGUUUCAAUGGGUUUCAAUGGGUUUCAAUGGGUUUCAAUGGGUUUCAAUGGGUUUCAACGUGUUUUCAAUGUGUUUCGACAUGAGUUUCUUCACCUUGCUAAAUGUGUUGCUUUUGUGUUGUUAACGGACCCCCUGUGGAGGAAGCGUUGCGCGUGAGCGAUGUUUCUUAGGUUGUGUUGGCGAAAAGAAAACAUAUUGCAUUUGGUACUGCUCCACUUAAAAAGAGGAAAAGAAAACAUUGUAUUUGGUACUGCUGCACUUAAAAAAGGGAAAAGAAAACACGCACACAAAGACACACAGAUAGUCUUUAGGAGCCUAUGCUGCUCCCCGGUACUGAACGCCCGCAUACACUGCCUCCAUAUGGCUGUGAAACCCAUAUGGCUCCCUUAACACACGCCCUCCUUCUCCCGCUCCACCGGUUCAACAGAGUCCGCAAGGAGCUCCCUGAUGGUCUCAGAACGUUUGCAUGGUGUGGUUAAAUAUAUGUAAUCUGUUGUUUCUGCAGAAAUAUAUUUCUGUUAGCAUCAAACUACUGGUCCUGUGUCUGCCUCUUUGCUUGUCUUUACUUUAAUUGCAGGGCAUACACAUUGUAUAAUGUAUAAUUGUACAUUAUCCCUAACAUAUAUGAAGGAAGGCAAUGCUCUUACCACUAAACCACAUUGCAUUAAAAACUUGACCCUAAA